UAACGUCUAUCGGGGAUUUUCAAAUGGCUGAGAACCAGUAAUUAAGUUUCUCAUAAUUAAUGCCAGUCUAGUUUAUCGAUUUAAAGAGAAAAAAUUGUAGUUUGAAAAUGCAAAUUUCCUAUAUAUUAAAAAACAUUUUAACUUAACAAUUAUACCAAAAAAAAACAUUUUAACAUUUUAACUAUAACACAUGUCAGUACUAUAAUACUUUUUAAAGUUUCUAAAGAAAUAUGUUGGUUCACUAAACAUAUAUUAUAUAAUUCUCCUUAAAUUAACUAUGAAAUUAAUUAACUAUCUACAAUUAUUGUUUUUCUUUCUUUCAUUAAAUAAAAGGUACAAAUUUACCAAAAAUGAAUAAAAUAUAUAUUUGACAGCUAAUAAUUUUAAUAAUAAAGAUUUGACAAUAAUUUACAUAUCUUUAUUAUUUUAAUGUUAUAUUAUUAAAAUAAAUUAAACAAUCAUAUUAGUCAUAUUAAAUUAGAUUUUUCGUAUAUGUUAUAUUUUGAAUUUUUAAAAAUGAUUAUAAAUAACGAAAAAUUGUUAAAAGUCUUACACUGAAAAUUUUAUGAACUAUAAUUUAAAUUUUUUGUUAUAAUAAAAUACAAAUGAUCACAAAACCAUAUGAAUAAAAAUUAUAUUUAAUAGAUAUCAGAUUAAUAUAUAUUUCAUUUUACGCAUGUACGCGGAUAAUCACCUAGUUAGUAGUUAAAAUGGAUUAAUAUCAGUUGACUACGAAAAGAUUACUAUAUACAUUCUGGAUAGACUUAGACUCUAACCAAAACAUGACUGGAUCGCUCGAAUCACUUUACACAGGGCGAGGCAGGUUGGUUCGGUCCUGUCGGUCAAAUUCCAUGAUUAAUUUUCAUUAGGUUCACGUAACUAAGUAAUUUAUUUGCUAAGCACUCACUAAUCAGACAUUCUCCUGCAGCCAUUUAAGUACUGAUUAGAUUUCAUGUUUGUAAUGGCUUUUAUGUUUUACAUCAGCUAAUUUUUAAAUUUUUAAAAUGAAAAUUUAAGUACUUAAGUCAGAUGUUAAUAGUUUCUUCGGAGCAUCCGAUAAAAUUAGAAUGAUAAAGAAAAGAUUAGCAUGACCAUUGCGCAAAUAUGACAUACACAAAUCAAAAAUAGUCUAAAUUUUUAACUUUUACACACAAAAAAAGUCAGGCGUUAAUAUGUGUUCAUAAAACUGAAACUUUGAAUUCAAUAAUUUCCAAUUAGAGAACUAGAAAACUCCAAAAGUGUUGGGAUAACAACAUAAACCGGAAGGUGUGAAACUUGUGAGCCUAAUAUUUGGCAGAGUGACGACCGCCAUUGAAAAUGGUGGCCGGUGGCUUCUGAGUUUUGAAAACAUCAACUUCAUCACGCGUUACAUCGCAUCAAAUACCAUAUCCCAUGAGAUUUAGUUAGCCUACGUAACUAAUCAACUAAAUUAGUCUAAUAGUACUAAAUUGAUUAAAUUAUUCACUAAGUACAUAAAGUGUAACUAAACUCAACUUGAUUCAUUAGAUAUUAUUCUGAUUACUGCAUACUGGUUAAAACAGUCUUGGUACUCUCGUUAAUGACUAACCCUUUCUUUUUCAAGUCAAAUUUUCUUCUUAGCUUCUUUUCUUUUCUUUGAGUUAUUUUUUUAUUGGAUCUUCGACUUUGGCCUCCUUGCAGAUAAAAACCUUUCACAUUUUGGAAUAAUAAUUUUUUGGUAAUAUUUAUCUUUGUACGAAUGAUAAUUUCACUUUUCAUCUUUCAGGCUGAUGUCUAAAUUUCCUCUUUGACUUUUGGCUACUUAAUUCAUUUUUCCAUGUACAAUUGGAAACUGCCAAGAACCUUCUUUCAUAAGUUAGUACAUGACUUUUAGAACGUUUGAUUUUUAUUUCUCAUUUCAUUUUCCCCUAAUUACCAUAUAAAUGAAAUUUCAUAGAGAACAUGUUGUUUGAAAAUUCUAACCAAGUCAUGCCUAUGCAUGCAUGCGGUAGUGUGUCACUUUAGACUUCUAUUCAAAAGAAAGAAAAACAAGCCCAAAAGACAAAUAGUGAUGAUUACACUAAUUUAUUUUUUUUUUUGAUCAAAAUGAUUACACUAAUUCAUCACCUUUUAUCAACAUUCUAAAAUAGGAACCCUCUCUUUCUCCAUCUAUUGACUAUAUAUAGAUACUACUUCAUGUUUUCAUAACAACCUUAAGCCUUCAUAUUUUUUUGAAUUCAUUUCUCUCCUUUUCUCUGUCUCUCUGAAUCUAAUAGAUUAUUUUCUCCACAAAGAUCAAAGCUUUUCAUGGCCGUUCGUAUAUUGACCAUCUGGCUUUUCAUAGUCUUCGCCAUCACCGUCGUGGUCUCGCCGUUGCCAGUUUCUUCAAGAAAGCUGUUGGAGAUGAAGAAACAAGAGAACUUGACCGUGAGAGAGGAAGAGAAGAAUCACAUGCCUCACGUGACCAAAACCACAACCCUAACUGCUCUGCCAAAGGGAAAAAUCCAAAACUCGACGCCGAGCAAAAAGGGUUACGCCGUCAUCUCCAACGUAAAGCACCGAUCUCGACAUCUCUCCACCGUUUACCGGCUUCUUCAGUCCGUUCCCAGUCCCGGCGUUGGCCAUUGAUAGUCUCCGUUAAGACUCCUACUUCAUUUUUGCUUUAAUUUUUUUUUUGGUCAAGUUAGUACAUUCUUUAAUAUACCAUGGUAGUAUUACUACCCGUGUGCUUUACCCUUUGGUAGUCUAAGGAAACCACUGACCAGUAAUAUACGGUUAUGGCACAAGUGUUCUGGGAUUUGAAAAAUAAGUUACUUAAUUUAUCAAAAAAAAAGUUGUUAUAGUUUUUAUAUAUCAUUUGAACCUCGGUGUAAAAGAAUAGCUACGUAAAAGCAAAUCUCUAACAAACGAUUAAAUGAAUAAAAUAAAUGACCAUA